AACAGGGUCAUGUCAGUGAUGAGCGCAGGAGGCCAAACUGACAAGCAUCCUCAAACAGAUUUGGAAUAGUUCUCUGAUGAAGCACAGAGUAUACUCUAUAUUGUGUUAUCACCAAAAUGUCUAUCUGGGGAGCGACACAUAUGGAAAAUGAAUCAAUUCAAUUUUGCUUUCCAAAUAACAAUUUGUCUUGUACCAGAAACUUAAAACCUGGAGCAGAGUACAUUAUUGUGUACAUAUUCAUUUCUACAAUAUCAGUAUUUACUGUGUUUCUGAACUUGUUGGUGAUCAUUUCCAUCGCUCACUUCAAACAGCUCCACACUCCAACCAAUGUGCUGAUCUUCUCUCUGGCAGUGGCUGAUCUGAUCGUGGGACUGAUUCUUACACCGGUAAAAGGCAUCAGAUUAAUUGAGCCAUGUUGGUACUUUGGAGAAAUAUUUUGUUCAAUAUUUCUUAUUCUUUUCUGUGUGGUUGUUACCGCAUCUCUUGGUAAUUUGAUUAUUAUAUCUGUGGAUCGUUACAUUGCUGUGAAUGACCCUUUGCGAUAUCCAGCAAGAGUCAAUAUUAACAGAGCUGUUCUUUCUAUUGUUGUAAACUGGGUAUUUUCCUGCAUGUAUUCUUUUUUUAUUUUGUAUGAGUCUAUAGCCUAUCCAGAGAAAAAUGAUACAUAUGUUGGAGAAUGUGUACUUUUUAUUAAGUUCGGAUAUAUCAUAACUGAUAUCAUAGUUACUUUAGUAACACCGUGUUGUAUAAUCAUUUCUUUAUAUAUGAAAAUCUGCUUCAUAGCAAAACAUCAAGCUGAGCAUAUAAAUUCACUUUCAGACAAAAAAGCCAAAUCAGAAAAAAAGGCUGCAAGAACCUUAGGGAUUGUUGUCAUGGUUUAUCUUCUUUGUUGGACACCAUAUUAUAUAGCUUCUCUUACGCUUGGGCAAGACACAGGUGACACUCUGGUAAUUAAUAUAAUGUAUUGGAUUUUAUGCAUGAAUUCAUGCUUGAAUCCACUUAUUUAUGCAAUGUUUUAUAGAUGGUUUCGAAUAUCAGCAAAAUACAUUUUGACUCUGAAAAUAUUUGAACCUUCUUCAGAAUACUUCAACCUGUUCAUGCAAGAGAAAUGA